UAAAGGUUUUGGGGAAUUAUUAGAUUCUGCAGAUCAGUUUUACGGCAUGUAGCAAGUAAGAACAGCGUCUGCGUGACUUGAUCAUCUUGAUUAUCUGUGAAAUGUCCGACGGAAACAACACAGCAGAAGGUUGCGACAUCGCCUUACAAUCUGUAUGUGGCUGCUGUUUAGCAUUUUUAUGAAGAAAGGUGCUUCUUCUACCGUCUUCUCAGCGUACUGCUGAUACGUCUAUGGACACAGGCUGAGGUGCAGCGUCCAGUGCUAGAUUAGAUUAAAGUGGAGAGAGGAAGAUGCCAGUCCCACCUCCCCCACCACCCCCUGGACCUCCCCCUCCUCCCACUUUCACUCAGGCCAACACAGAGAAGCCAAAUCUAAAUCGAUCCCAGCAGCAUGGAAGGAACGCUCUGUUGUCAGAUAUUUCGAAAGGUGCCAGAUUAAAGAAGACUGUUACCAAUGAUCGCAGUGGACCCGCACUGGACAAACCCAAAGGAGGAGGUGGAGGUGGAGGUGGAGGUGGCGGUGGAGGUGGAGGUGGAGGCGGAGGUGGAGGCGGUGGAGGUGGAGGAAGUGGCGGUGGAGGUGGCGGAGGAGGUGGUUUAGGAGGGCUCUUUGCAGGAGGGAUGCCCAAACUGAGGUCUGCAACAAACAGAGACACCAAUGACUCGGGACCCAGUCGAGGACCUGUCCUCCCCCCAGGAGGCCGCUCUAGUGGCCCCAGCCCCUUUGGUGGGAACAGUGGAAUCUCCACUGGUCCCCCUAAACUCCCAGGAGCCCCUGUUGGUGCCCGCAGCAAUGUCCCUGAUCUUCCCAGAGGACGCCCAAACUUCUCAUCCAGACAAGACACUCCAGGAGGUCCACCUCCUCCCAUACCCAACACACCUCGACCAACCCAGAACUUCCUGUCUCGUGGGGGCCCAACUCCACCGUCACUCCCCGGAGGACCCAGAUCCACCCCUUCUUCUGCACCUCCACCUCCCAGUGUUCCUCCGGGGAGACACGGACCUCUCCCUCCAACACCAGGAAGCUCCUCAUCUGGAUCUCGACCAGGCUUCUCUGCACCUCCUCCUCCACCACCAAACAGCAGCCGACCUCCUUUGCCUCCAGCUCCUGGAGGGAGACCUCUGCUUCACGACGACCGCCCCCCGCCACCACUAGGUCCUGUGGGAGGUCAUCGGCCAUCUAUGCCCCGCGACAUGCCCCCUCCACCCCCUUCUGUCAACUCCAAACCUUCUUCUUCUGCCUCAUCGCCUCGUUCCUCACCCAGUGGGGGUCCACCUCCUCUUCCACCAGGGCGACCUGGCCCUCCCCCUCUCCCUCCCACUCCAGCUGGAGGGGAUGACCACGGUACACCUCGGCUACCCCAAAGGAACAGCUCACUCAACAGUCACAGUCCAGUUCCACUUCAUGCCAGGGCAGGACCUCUCCCUCCUCCGCCAAUUGAGAGACCGCCCUCUCUUGGUAGGACCCAGUCCUCUGCACGCACAGGGCCUCUUCCUCCCCCUCCUCCCUCAAAUCGUAACAUUGGUGGGGGCAGUAUAAGGUCAUCGCCUGCUCCUCCCCUUGGUCGGCCAGGCCCUGAUCUCCCUCGUGGUGGACCUGGCGGUAGACCUCCCCUUCCUCCAGACAGGCCAGGGACUGGAGGAGCCCCUACUCCACCACCACCCAUGGGUAACGGCUUCCAAAACUCUCACCACAACCAGAUACAAGAUGAGUGGGAGUGUCGCUUUAAUUUCCACCCAGUGUCAGACCUUCCUCCACCUGAGCCUUAUGUGCCCUUCCAGAAGACCUACCCAAGCAAAAUUGCCAAGACCGACGGCAGAGGUUCUGGUAAAAAGGAGAGAGGAGCACCUCCUCUACCUCCGAUACCCAGGUGAAGAGGAGGUGGCAGCCAUGACAACACCUGGAGCCCCCCCCCCCCCCGUUUUCCUCCUUCUCUCUCUUCCUCUGUUGCCUUCACUGUGCUUUAAGUGGCAGCAUUUGAUUUUGUUUAUGGACUACAACAAGUGAUCUGAAAUACAGUUGACCAAGUAAAAGGACAGACUUACAUCAUACUGUAAACCUCUGCAGCAGCAGAAGGGUAGCAUCUAAAGACCAAAGCCUGUUUCUACUGUGGUACACUGUGUUCAGACAAAACGUCAAAUAUGUACCUCUUUGGGUACUUGAAUAUUUUGUGUUGCUUUUUUUUUUUUUUUUUUUUACACCUAUGUUUUGAGUGGAAGAUUUCUGUUUGGGCUCUGAUGUGGCUGCUGUGACUAGUAAAUUCCUGAUAAACAGUAGCAUUUUCACAAAACUCAAUCAACAUUCUAUUCACUAACAUGUUUUUCCAAUUUAUAGAUUCCAUCACAUUACAUUGCUUGCUAAUAUUGCAUCAACCAGCUGCACUUUUAAAAAAAAAUAAUUCAGACUUAGUCUUGAUAAAUAGCAGAGGUAAAGCCCUAAAAUAAGUUCUAAUGGCAAUAGUAUAGUCAACAUUGCAAUCCCACGAUCAUAAUGUAGUAGUCCAGGGCAUUUAACCGACUUGCUGCCUUCCUCAAGUGUUUUAAUAAGCUGUUUCUCUCUCUCUUUAUAACAGUGUUUCCAUUGUGCCUUUUUCUAUUUAGGAUUCAGCUCCAAAAUGUUAAGGGAAAUAGUAUUUUGUGCCUUUAAAUAAUAUAUACAAGUCAGGUUACCUGGGUUAGACAACCAUUUGUUGAUUUAAAUGUAGGAACAGAAGCAAUAAGGUUGUUUUGGUUGCCAUGUUAUCUGGGAGGGAGGUUUCAAAGACAGGAGACGGGUCUCUCUGAGGGGGGCGUCACACAGUGUCAGUGGAAGCUCAGUGAAAGGAAGUGGAAUUUCAUCACAACCUUGGGAUUUUCCUAAUAAAUUCCUUCGGAGAGAGCAUUUUUAUGCAUUUAAUGCAAUCUAAUAUUUGUUUCUGACAACAAUAGCUGGCCAUCUUUCCUCAAUAAUUUGUUGUUUAUGAGAUCAAAUCACAUAAUCAUAGUUGCAUAGGCAUCUGAGGGGAGGCCCAUAGUCUCAGUCUUUGAAAACCUUUGAUCUAGAAUCUAGAUCUAGUAUUGUCUUAUUUACAGCAUUGACACUCAGACAUGAAACCAACUCCCUGUCAGCGCUGUAUAGAGGAUCAGGGGAAAUAUGCACGUUUGAUUUGUCAAAGCCGUGUGUGCCUUCACAGUAUGUAUGUAUUUACAUCUGCAUCUCUCUGUUGGAACAACUUAACGGUACUUUUAAUUUGAUUGUUACAUGCAAUAUGAGCUUACGUUUGAUGUUCAUGAGAUAUUUUAAAGGAUAUUGUGUUGGUUCACGGCAGCAUUGGUUUACAAUUGAAUUGAUUGUUAUUUUUGCUGUUUUGUUAAAAGCUGCCCUGACCAACCAUGAAGGACCCAUGUAUGUACUUGUAUGAUUUAUCAACUGGUAUUGAAAGAUUGUAAUAUUUUAAGUUAUGUUUAAGAACUGUGCAGUAUUAUGUUUUUGCUUCACCCAGCACUGCUUUGAAAGGUCUGUUGUAUACAUGAUGUAUUAUUAUCAUGUGUUGGUCAAAGAGGCAUUUUCUUUUCGACAAUCACACACAAAAAUAAUCUAUUUACAUUAUAAAUAAAAUGCUUUAAGAUGC